AUGGAUGUAGUUCGAGAAGAACAAGCUGCCUUCAGAGAGGAGAUGGACUCUGUCAAAAGCAAGAUUGAGCAGAUCUUUGAGGCUAUACAAGCUCUGGCUAGAAGGGAAGAAGAGGCUCGUGUUGCCGCUGCUGCAAUGAACGAUGCUCUAGUUCAAGGGGUUACUCUUCAGUCAGGACCUUCAGUUCCCGUUCCAAAUCCCGUUAUCUAUGGUCUUCCUCCAGGUUUUGUUCCACCGCCUGAAAGAACUCAUGUGCCUCCACCUGCGCAUACUUCUGGGGUAGCUGAUGGAGCCGCUGCGCAAGGACCUCCGAUAGUCAAUCAAGUAGUCAUUCCUCACACUGGUGAGGAGCUCCAGGAUGAGUUUGAAAUGCAGAAUUAUAAUGGAGCUUCUCCAAUGGUUAUCCCUACUGUUGCCCAAGAUUCUAAGGCUAUCUUGAUGUGUCGUGCUCUGGCCGAAAAGCUAAGAAUCUUGGAAGGACAUAACUCAACCCGAUUAAGUGCCUUGGAGAUGUGUCUGGUCCUAGACGUGGUGAUUCCUCCAAAAUUCAAAGCGCCUGAAUUUGAAAAAUACAAAGGUCUCACCUGUCCUAACAUACACUUGAAAAUGUAUUGCAUAAAAAUGGCUGCCUAUGCCAAAGAUGAUAAACUCAUGAUCCAUUGCUUUCAGGAUAGUCUAACUGGGGCAUCUUUGGAUUGGUACAUGCAGUUAGAAUGUAGCAACAUCCAUACUUGGGAUGAGUUAGCUGAAGCAUUUGCAAAGCAAUACAAAUAUAAUACUGACAUGGCACCAAACCGUACUCAACUUCAGAGUAUGGCCCAGGAAGACAAUGAGUCUUUCAAAGAAUAUGCGCAACGCUGGAGAUAA